UUGUUUGUUUCAGAACUCCCUAACCCCCAUCGCAGCUCUGUUUUCCAUUUUUUCUCUUCUACUCCGUCGCCAUGACAAAGCAAGGACCUGUAAUUGCCUCACCAUUGAUCGUAUAAACUUUAAUUGAAUCUUGGAAUUCGUUCUUAGACGGACUUCCAAGUGCCUCUUCUUUGGCCUUUGCUAUUUGAUCGUUUCCUUAAUGAUGAUCUUGAACAAAAUGCAAACACUUCUUAUUUUAAUUUGCCGCCAUUGGGUAUUUCCAUUGCGUUUCCACAAGCAACUCCAGCGUCCAUUUUUCCUCCUUGUGCUUCAGACUAUUAUCAACUUGAUGAUCUACUGACUCCUGAGGAGCAGGCUGUCAGAAUGAAAGUAAGGGCGUGCAUGGAACAAGAAAUAGCUCCAAUAAUGACAGAGUAUUGGGAGAAGGCCAAAUUUCCGUUUCAUGUUAUUCCAAAACUUGGUGCCCUGCGUAUUGCUGGUGGCACAAUCAAGGGUUAUGGUUGUCCUGGUCUCUCCAUUACGGGAAGUGCUCUUGCUACAGCUGAAGUUGCGAGAGUUGAUGCAAGCUGUUCUACUUUCAUAUUGGUGCAUUCAUCUCUGGCAAUGCUCACUAUUGCAUUUUGUGGAUCAGAGGAACAGAAGCAAAAGUAUCUACCAUCUUUGGCACAGCUAAAGACAGUAGGUUGUUGGGCUUUGACUGAGCCUGACAUUGGAAGUGAUGCAAGUGCUUUGAAAACAACAGCAACAAAGGUGGAAGGAGGUUGGAUACUUAAGGGCCAAAAGCGCUGGAUUGGAAACAGUACCUUUGCAGAUUUGUUGGUUAUUUUCGCCAGGAAUACCGCAACAAAUCAGAUAAAUGGAUUUAUAGUAAAGAAGGAUACUCCUGGAUUAACAGCUACAAAAAUAGAAAAUAAAAUUGGCCUGAGGAUUGUUCAAAAUGGAGAUAUUCUCUUGAAGAACGUUUUUAUUGCUGACAAGGACAGGUUACCUGGCGUUGAUUCCUUUCAGGAUACAAACAAGAUUCUCGCUGUUUCACGUGUUAUGGUUGCAUGGCAACCUAUUGGCAUAUCAAUGGGCAUCUAUGAUAUGUGUCACAGGUAUCUGAAGGAGAGGAAACAGUUUGGAGCACCCCUUGCAGCUUUCCAAAUCAACCAACAGAAACUCGUUCAUAUGUUGGGUAAUAUUCAAGCCAUGAUUCUUAUUGGUUGGCGCCUCUGCAAGUUGUAUGAAAGUGGGAAAAUGACUCCAGGUCAAGCUAGCUUGGGGAAGUCAUGGAUCACACUGAAGGCCAGAGAAACUGCUGCUAUUGGACGGGAGUUACUCGGUGGCAACGGCAUUUUGGCUGAUUUUUUAGUUGCAAAGGCAUUCUGCGAUCUGGAACCAAUAUACACAUAUGAAGGCACCUAUGACAUCAACAGCUUGAUCACAGGUAGGGAAAUCACUGGUAUUGCCAGCUUUAAGCCAGCUGCAUCGAGCAAACGAAGCCGUCUGUGAAAUGUGUUUCCUUCUCGCCCUGUUGUUUGGAGACUUGUGUUCCUUUUAUAUGGUGUUAGCCUGGCUGAUUAAGAGACUGUAGUCAAUAAGAAACAGGCCCCUUCCAAAAUUGAAUAACUUACACAAAUGAUGUAUAAUAUAUAUAUGAAGAUGGAAUGAAAUAAAAUGCCGGAAUUUUCUUUCA